AUGGCGCCGUCAAGCACCAUCGGAGGGGAGUACCGCCAGCCACCAAGUGACGAAGAGGAACAGACUGACCGCACCAAGAAGAAAGUGAGAACCACCUCUGACGAAGAUUCUGAGAAAUUUCAGGAUACUAUGAUGCAAGCUGAUGACGAGGGAAACCCCAACCUGGGUGAAAUACAAGAACCAAAAAAGCUUUCGUACAAGGACAAGGUGAUGGCAGGGGAAUUUGCCUCAUCUCCUUUCACAGACCAGGAAAUUGUGGACCUGGUAAGGGAAGAACUGAUGGUGGGGGGACUGGAUUUUGAGGAGGCCCAGAAGGAAAGAGGACCUUUCAACCCGAACCCAGUGGUUCCGAUCUCCCUAGAGGAAUAUGAGCAGUGGUGCCGCCCUUGGAAAUUCACACUGGUAGUGAAGUUGUUGGGAAAACGAAUUGGCUUCAAAUGGAUGAAUCAACGCCUCCACCGUCUUUGGGCUAAGGAAGGUGAUGUGAAGGUGAUAGACCUGGCUGAUGACUACUUCCUGGUGCGCUUUGCAUCUGAAAAUGAUUACAAACUUGCUCUGUUUGAAGGACCAUGGAUGGUAGCUGAUCACUACUUGCUAGUCCAAAGAUGGCGGCCCAUGUUCAAAGCUGAGGACGAUGCUGCUAGGAAGAUUGCUGUCUGGAUAAGGUUACCAAAACUCCCUGUGGAACUGUACAACAACACUUUCUUGUGGCGGCUAGGCUCGAUGAUUGGUACAAUGCUUAAGAUUGACCACCACACCACGGUCCACUCCCGUGGUAAAUUUGCCCGUAUCUGUGUAGAGAUUGACCUCAGUUGUGAAUUAACCCCAAACUUCACAGCCCUAGGGGAGGAGCACCGCCUAGAGUACGAGGGUUUGCACUCUAUUUGCUUUAACUGUGGUAAGUAUGGCCACAAGAGUGAGUGCUGCCCUGAAAUCCUGAUUAAUAGUAAAGUCCCUGUUGGCAACUCUCCAGUUUUCUCUACUGGACCUGGCCUUGACCCGAUGCAAGAAGAACAACCUAGCAGAACCCCCUUACCCAAACCCCAACCAGAAGUAGACAAGGAGAACCCCAAAGGCUUUGGCCCUUGGAUGAUGGCAAAAAAGAGUCAAAAGAGGAAGCCCCUACGACCUCUCAACCAGCAAAACUCCCAACAAGGGAAUGGCUCUCGCUUUCAGGUCCUGGAAGAGGAAUUGAGUACCAAAGACAACAGUGAUGACCUCCAUAGUAAGGUGGACCAAGGAAACCUACCAAAAAACAACAGCAAGCCUAACCAUGGCAACCAGAAAAUCUCUCAGAAAACAAACAACAGACAUAAUCACCCAAAUGCCAUAGGGUCAGGAGCUAACCGAAAGACACCCCCAAUGGUGGAGAAAAUACAUAGGAAAGAAACUGGAAAAGCCCAAAUGACGCCAACAGCAAAAACACCUUCCCAACAGGAGGAGAAACCAGAUCACAUAUUGACCCAACAAGAGAAUGACUUACUAGAAACAGUAAGGAAGCACCAACUUGCCCUGUGGGAAGAAUUCAAGGCCAGAAAAGCUAAUGAUGAGGAGUUCCAAGGCAGCCUACACACCCCCUCUAAAGAGGAACUAAAGUUCGUUCAAGCCUUACUCCUCAAGAAAGGUGUUGGGGACCCCAAUGCCAAUCUGCAGAUCAGUCACAAUAUGGACAUGGACCAUGAGGACAAUGGAUCUUCAGGUGCUGAGAUAGUGGAGGAGGAUUCUCCUCAAAGCUUUUAG